AUGAAGUUCUCCACCGUUCUCGCCUGGGCCUCACUGGCUUUGGCUACCCCUACCCCUGCCAUUCAAACUCGCGACGAGGACAACACAUUGUGCAAGAUCUUUGAGAGUCUUUCCAAGCUCGAAGACACUGUCUAUGCCUCCAAGGUCAAGAUUGUGGCAGCGGCGGAUGCCUCUGAGCCCGACAAUGAAUCCCAGACUGCUGCCGCCAUUGAGACGGAACUCGAAACGAUCAAUGCUGCCCUCUUGACUGCGUUUGGCAGCACCAAAGGCAAGAAUACGAUUUGCUGGCCCAGUUUGGCAUGCGAGGAGGACCCUGACGUCUACACAUGUUUUCUGGAAACCUGCUCCGCUGCAGCCGAAGCCUCCAUCGACUUGCAAGCCAUCCUGACCGCCAUCUCCGGCCUUUCAGCUGACAUCCGAAAAGCUGUGGCCGAACAAUUGGGCCUCCUCAGGUUCCUGACCGCGCCGUUUCUCGAGUCCAUUCUGGAAUAUUGCAACAAGCUGAGCGAGCAAUGCCCGAUCAAGGUCUGA